AUGAGUUGUGAUGAAAUUAUUACAUCAAUUACUGACCUUAUUCAACGACUGCAAGAACAGACUCUCAACUCUUUACAAAACAGGAGUGCGAUGAGCUCACCUGAUUCCAGUUAUGCUUCUGGUGAAAAGGAAACAAGUAAUGAUGACGCAGGUACUAGUAGCAGUACUUCAUCUGUAAUGGGGAAAGAUCUUAAUAAAGCAAUAGAAAAAUCUAUGACCAAAAAGCAAAACAGAUCCCAGAUUUGCGAGGAAGAAGGAGAUAACAUUCAAACAUUAAUUUGA